GGUUCUUUUCAACAACAUGUCGGAAAGUGGUUGUGCAUUGUGAACUAUUAUAAUAUUUAAUCCUUAGUAAAUACUAGUAGAUUUCCUUAAAUAUACCCUUUUUAGUUUAUAAUUAAUGAUUAGCAUUAAUGUAAUAAUUUACAUCCUUAAAAAAUAUGUGGGGCAUCUAACAGGAGUUCACUCAUUGCAUUGCUCGGAAUCAGUACAUUUUGUAGAAGUUCUCUUCUCUCCUGCCUGUUGUUCACCCGGUGACUAGUUAUUCAUAAGAAUUAAGUCACCAGUGAACUUUAAAAUAAAUAAUAUUUUUUCGGAUAACGCUAGCUCACAAGAUGGCCGACUGUUAUUCGUAAGAUAAUGUCUGGUGCGUCUGGUUCAGGGAGUGGAGCGGGACGCGGCCGGGGCUCCAGCACUGUAACAGACAACAAAGAAAAAGAAAAUAAACCCAACCCUAAAAUGUCGAAAGCCCUGGGAACAUCGGCGAAGAGAAUCCAGAAGGAACUAGCAGAGAUCACACUAGACCCCCCUCCGAACUGCAGUGCGGGCCCUAAAGGAGACAAUUUGUAUGAAUGGGUGUCAACUAUUCUCGGGCCUCCUGGAUCAGUAUAUGAAGGAGGUGUUUUCUUCCUCGACAUACAUUUCUCACCAGAAUACCCUUUCAAACCUCCUAAGGUGACAUUCCGGACUAGGAUAUACCACUGUAACAUCAACAGUCAGGGGGUGAUAUGCCUGGACAUACUCAAGGACAACUGGUCCCCUGCACUCACCAUUUCUAAAGUCUUACUAUCUAUUUGUUCCUUGCUCACUGACUGCAAUCCAGCGGACCCGCUGGUGGGCAGCAUCGCGACGCAGUAUCUGCAGAACCGCGAGGAGCACGACCGCAUCGCGCGCCUCUGGACCAAGCGCUACGCGACAUGAUCGCCCGGCCAGGCCCACUCAUACUCAGCCCAUACCAUUCUGUUCUCAAAAUCAACCCUCCACGUUAAUAUAAGCUUAAAAUGUUUAACAGUAACCCGUUUAGCAUAUUUUGCAUAAUUAUCGGCGUCCCGGACGCGACUCCCGACUGUGAAGGUGUGUUUCUUUUAACGGCUUAUUCAUUUCUUUUGCAAUUAAUGUGAUGUAUAAACAAGCUUAAAAUUGUCCAAAACUUUAAUGUAGGCCUUAUUUACUAAAUGAUUUUUUUCUGUUAAUCGUUUCUUAUUGUAUGGAUACAGUAUAAUUUUCUUAUUGAUGAAUUCGUAAUUUUAGGUUUUACCAGUGAAUUUUGAGUCAAUUUUCCGCGAUGAUGCGAUGAUCUCAGACACUUUGUACUGUUACUGCUUAUGUGCUGUCGGACUAUCUCUGGCCGACUUCUAUGUUAUAAAUUAAUAAUAAAUCGUAGAUUAUCUCUAUAA